AUGCAAGUCCGUCAGCUUCCUUCAGUUGCAAAUAUGACAUUUCCCAAUCGGAUGAACUAUCGACUACGUUCUCGAGAGAAAUCCGAGCAAGCUGUGACAUUGACAGUUUGUGAUGUCUCUAGUGACACUUUUGGGACAUUAUCUCAUAUCGAUUCGAAGGUCAAAUGUCAAGAUGACAAUAUAAACUAUGAGACUUUAGUCUUGCACGACCAUGCUUUGUUGCCGCUGAUACACAACCUUAUGGCCAUGAUCUCGCAGCCAGCAAAGCUCCUCGCUGCUUUGGUAAGCGACUGUGACAAGAAGACGUCAAAACAAAUGUUUUGGGGCAAGGCAACAGUAUAUCAACAAUCAGAAUUGCAAGGAAUGAUCACACCUUGGCGUCGAAUUAUUGAGGACAUUGAACUGUAUGAACUUACUCCAAUGGAUGUGAUGAUGUUGAAAGCAACAGUGUAUUACUGGCAUUUGUGGCAAUACGUUUGUAUCUCAUGUGUUGAUGCCGUGGCAUCAAUAGAGGAAAGCGCUACGAGUCCACAACCUAAGCAAGAGUCGAGAACAUGGACAUCUCAAUUACAAAAACGCAGUGCUGCAUCCAUUUCUCCGCCACUUGAGAACAAAUGUUCGACUGAACUAUCGCAGAAAACUAUUCUGUCAAGUGAUUGCAACACAAACAAACGUUCGCGUAUUAAUCGAAAGAGCAAUGAAUUUCUCAUUGCUUGGUUUCUAACGCACAAGGAUAACCCGUACCCAUCAUCAGAUGAACGUAUGGAGAUCGCUGAGAAAACAGGUUUGGCUGAACAGCAAGUGCGUAAUUGGUUUGCAAACAUGCGUAAGCGCCAUUGGAAACCAAAUCGAGCUAAUACGAAGAAACCACGCUGUCUUGUGGAUUAUAUGUUACGAAACUGA